AAGCAGUGAACGCGACUUUCGUGCGCGUACCCCGGCGAAGGCGACUGCGGUAACGGACGAAAAAACAAGCAGAGGAGCAGAGACCGCACUUCACCUCCGCAUCACAAGAUCACACUCAGGAGCGGAAAAAACUCACGCCCUUUUCGGGUCGUGUUGCCGUUGGUGACGACUGGAGAUAUCCUCAGACAGCCGGAAUACGAUGCAGUGUAGCUUCAACUGGUGACCGGCCUGUAGACUCAACACUUUUCUUAUCCCUUGAGGCGGCGACCUGGGGGCAGAUUCCUGCAUUCCUUGUUCACUUACUGAGUCGUUUUGUAGAAGAAAAAAAUAAAAAUAAAAAUCGGCUGCCAUUGGAGUACACAGGCUGUCCUCACCUGUGUUGCUUGGAUCAACACAGAUUAUCCGUCGACGAAGGGGAACCCAGCAGCUGCACAAGAGUUGCCUUUUACCAACUGAUAUCCCCAGCCCAGCCCACACUGCCCCAUCACCAUGGUGCUGUCACAACGGCAACGAGAUGAACUAAAUCGAGCAAUAGCUGAUUAUCUACGUUCCAACGGAUAUGAAGAAGCUUACUCCACUUUCAAGAAGGAGGCGGAAUUAGAUAAUGUGAGUAAAAUAAUGAAUGAAGAAUUGGAUAAGAAAUAUGCUGGUCUUUUGGAAAAGAAAUGGACCUCAGUCAUCAGAUUACAAAAGAAGGUAAUGGAACUGGAGUCCAAACUGAAUGAAGCAAAAGAAGAGAUUACCCUCGGUGGGCCUGUAACUCAGAAGCGAGACCCCAAAGAGUGGAUCCCACGCCCGCCAGAAAGGUACGCGCUGAGCGGCCACCGAAGUCCAGUCACCCGCGUCAUCUUCCAUCCGGUCUUCAGCGUCAUGGUCUCCGCCUCAGAGGAUGCAACAAUAAAGGUGUGGGACUACGAGACGGGAGACUUUGAGCGCACAUUGAAAGGCCACACAGAUUCGGUGCAGGACAUUUCCUUUGACCAGACAGGCAAACUCUUGGCUUCCUGCUCUGCAGACAUGACUAUCAAACUGUGGGACUUCCAAGGCUUUGAGUGCAUCAGGACGAUGCAUGGACAUGACCACAAUGUCUCAUCUGUAGCCAUCAUGCCCAACGGAGAUCACAUUGUUUCUGCCUCAAGGGACAAAACCAUAAAAAUGUGGGAGGUGGCAACUGGUUACUGCGUGAAGACCUUUGCAGGCCACAGAGAGUGGGUGCGCAUGGUGCGACCCAAUCAGGAUGGGACGCUGAUUGCUAGCUGCUCCAAUGACCAGACAGUUCGUGUUUGGGUUGUGGCCUCCAAAGAAUGCAAGGCUGAACUGCGGGAGCACGAACAUGUGGUGGAGUGCAUCUCCUGGGCACCAGAGAGCGCCUCUCCCACCAUCCUGGAGGCCACAGGAUCUGAGACAAAGAAGAGUGGAAAGCCUGGUCCCUUCCUGUUGUCUGGCUCCAGAGAUAAAACCAUCAAGAUGUGGGAUGUUAGCACUGGCAUGUGCCUUAUGACCCUGGUUGGACAUGACAACUGGGUGCGUGGCAUCCUCUUCCACCCUGGAGGCAAGUUUAUUGUGAGCUGUGCAGAUGACAAGACCUUAAGGAUCUGGGACUACAAAAACAAGCGCUGCAUGAAAACCCUGUGUGCCCACGAACACUUUGUUACCUCUCUGGAUUUCCAUAAGGCUGCUCCCUUCGUGGUGACUGGAAGUGUAGAUCAAACAGUUAAAGUGUGGGAGUGUCGCUGAUUUGGACCUGACAGAAUUGGACAACUAACAUGUCUACCCAGGCGCACCUCUGGAUCCCACACCCCUCCUGCCAUCUUGACCCCUUUUACAUUCCAGCCCACCCACUCCGUCGCCUAACCCCAACGAACCCCACCCCGCCCUUCCCUGUCCUGCACAUCUUCGUCACGUCCAGUCCAGCUGCACUACAGUGGUUACUCACCUGUUGCGCUCUCUGGUCAAAUAACUUUUGUCCUUCUGUGUAAAUUAUUUCUGGAUGUAGAUCGAGCUAUUAAAUGUUACACAAAAAAAGUAUUCUUGCAUGGUAACCCAAAAUUCUAUACUGUAAAUUUACAUAAUGUUGUUUAGGAGUACCAUAGGUUUAACAAGGGGCUGUCUGUCAUGCAGCCCAUGCUGACCAACUGAAGGCAGGUGUUUUCCACCGGGUCUAAACCGUAGGGCACUAAGAACUGGUAAUUUAAGGAAAUGACAGUGUCUUUAUACGUAACGGUUAUUUUGUCUAUAUUUUUUAUUAUUAUUUAGUUUUUUUUUUCUUCUUCUUCUGUAAUUCCUCUCCCUCACUGUCGUAGUCGGAUGGUGCCUGGCUCGGUGAAGAGGAAAGGCAGGAAAAGCAUUCAUGGUGUGAGGAGACAGACGCCUGUGGGGGGGCUUUGUCAUUGAGAUCAUCUUUAUAACAUCACCUCUCAAACGUUCAUCUUCAUCUGGAGUUAGUUCAUAUUUUAAUGGCUGUAUAUACGAAUGUCUCAAACUGUUGAGCUUGGACCUGGGGGUGGGGCUUGAAAAACAGCUUAGUACUUCUGCCUAUGGUUAUACAAUGAACCACUGCUAGACUUUAGAUCAGUUGUCCUUUAAAAAUUGAAGGUGUUGUGAGUUUGCUACACAAAGCUUUUUGCAAGAAGUCCGCUUUAUUUGAUCAUCUAAGGAGCGCCCUGGGUCACUGCAGCAUCUGUGCACGCUUAUUGGAUUACAUCGGUUGUUUUUGCGCUUGAUGGGGUGACUCACUUGUGUCUGUGGCCUUUUUUUUUUGUUGUUUUUUUGAGUUGAAGCCCCAGUUCCGGUUGUUUACCACUUCACCACGGCGGAGUUUGAAGCAGCACAGGUCAGGUGUGAGGUUUGAAGGUGCUUAGUGUCCCAUGGCAACAUUUAAAAAAAAAAAAAAUGUAGAAUAAGACUCUACUGAAACAGGAAUGCAUGAGGAGUCAAAGUUGGUCCCCCCAGGUUUGACAUCUGGGAUGUGCGAUUAUUGUUAAUUUAAAAUAUUCUACUAAAUACAGUUUUCAGUUAUAAAAAAAUCUUUGAUAUAAUAGGAACUGUAAAUUGAGGCUGUCUGUCCAUCUCUUUAUCAUUGCACUAUAGUAUGACCGGGGGGGUUAUUUAGUGAGGAAAUGCUUUUAUCUGCUGUUUUGGUCUUUGGAAGUUAAGAGCUUAGAUGAUAGAUGAGUGCAGAUCAUUUCAAGACCCCUGCACGCAUAUUCAGAUGUCCUUGGAGCGGCUUUCCUUUAAAGCUUUCGGUGAAGCUGCAUCUGUAAAAUGGUGAAAAAUAAAUGCUCCGUUGCAGAAACAUCAGCUCCCCUCUUCAAAAACCAAUAAAACGUAGCUGGCAAGUUGAUCAUCUAGUUUUCACUAAAGCUUUGGGCGUUGAAUAUCUGAGAUAACGAUAAAAAUAUGAAAUGAUGCCGAUUCCAGCUUAAACCUCUAAUUUUGCCUGUUCAUUCCAAUGUAGUUCUCGGCUAAUAAAGAACUCUGCCGUAUAACGUCUUCUCUUAGCUUCUUUGCCAUGUUGUCCUCUUCCUGUGUGUCCUGGAUGUGAUGAUCUGCCGCUGUGACUUUUAAAGUGGCCUGCUGGUGUAGCUCAGCUGCAUGUUCACCUGCAUCCGGAGGCAGAACUGUCUGAAGGUUUCUUGUGAAAGCUUCAGAUCUUCCUGUCGGACUAAUUGGUUUGAUUACCGUGACUAGAGUCUGUCUGCUUGAAGUAGUUUGGGGGAUUUUGCGGAACUGCCUUUUUGCUUGGAGCUGGGUGAGGCUUGGAUCCGUCUUCUCUUGCAGUUGGACAACAAAGUGAGAAAGCAUUCUUCCCCCCAAGUGUUCAUUUUUAAAAUAAGACGCUUGAUGGCUUAAAAAAAAUCGUAGACGGCUCUGUUGUCUAGCUUGCAGACGAUGCUUCUCGAAGGUUAAGGAGCCUCUUCCUUUAAAUGCAAACGGGAUUGUGGCAAACUAUGGCUCCCAAAAGAGACAAACUCUCUUUUUAGGGAUUUUUACUGAUGCGGCCCUUGGAUGCACACCUUGUUUUUGGUUUGUUUUAAUGAAAAGGUUUUUUUUUUGUUUGUUUUUUUUUGCUACCCAAGUGUCUGAGAAAAGACUGGAUAUAACAAAAGCAGUUGAUGAUUUUUCUAGUUCAAUUUGGCAUGGCUAAUGAAGAUGCCUGUGUGUUUAAAUGUCCUAGCUGAAGCCAAAAAAUGGGGACGUUUGUCCACACAAUCGAGAUUACCUGGAAGUCGGCCUUUUUGUUGGGCUGACGUGACCAACUUUUGAAAACGAAGCAUUUCUCAGGAUCACUAAGUCAUGGCAGACCAUAAGUUUAGAAGACUCCCCUUGAUUUUAUUCAAGGGAGGCAGUUAACCAGAGAUCUGAAUUAUGUAUGCUGCUUGUUUUUGGUAAUAAUUAAAAGAAACUGUUUAUGCUGUUUAGCAGAAAUGUUUAAAAAAAUGUUGUUUUGCAACUUCGCAAGUCCCAAGCGAUCCUUGUGCUGCUGUGGUCUGGUGUGAGAAGGGACUGAUGGGCAGCUCUGACCGUCUGUGCGUCGUUUCCUGUGGCCUCACGUCUGUCCUCUGUAAGCUGCCUGUGAGUCUCAUCCAGCUGCACAACAAGCUCCUGCAGGAGAGCUCAUGAUGUUUCUGCCACUAUGGUCUCACUCUUCACACAGCAAACUGUUAACAAAAAUACCUGGAUGUCAAUAUUGUUUGCGGUAUAAUAAAAGACGAAAAAAUGUG